AUUCAUUUCCUUGCAGGAUCCUGGUCAAUGCUUGAACAUGACUGAGGCAUCCUUUAACUCAACUGACGGUGACGAAGUCCACGCGGUCACCAAGCAGAAGAAACAGGAGACCAUGCACCGAAUUAAUCGUUUAAGAAACAGCUCUCGGAAGGAGGAUAAGUUUGAUCUCUCUCAGAAAUUCGAAUUCUUACUAAACACUGCCACGAGAGGCGUAGCUGAACGUCGCAUUAACACCGAAAGAGAAACAGUCCCCCAAUACUUUCAUCUGUGGGUUGAAGUCAAAAUAAAUACCCUCCGUGCUCCUCAUAGGGAUGAUAUGCGAGAGCGGGGAAAUGAAUCGGCCUCGUACACUGAUUAUGACAGCCAAACGCCUCUCACCAAACGCGCCCCGACUACCGUUCUCAGCCUAGGACACGGAGGAUGCUUCAAAACACUCCACCGUUGCAAGCCUAGCCCCAACGUCCUCGGAGAGUAUGGUGACACAGGUAGGGUGACUCCGCUAUCUGGCUUUGUUAUGCAGCGAUAA